AUGCUGGACAGUGGGGCUUCCCACAACUUUAUUUCACCCGAGAUUGUGAAGCGACUAAAGCUCAAGAUAACUGGUGACAAAGACCUAGAUAUAUUACUAGGCAAUGGAAUCACGGUUAAAGGAGAUGGAGUUUGCCGUGCUGUCACUUUCAAUCUCGUAGGAGUCGAUUUCAAAACUGACUUCAUUGAAUUAGAACUAGGAGCCGUGGAUGUCAUCUUAGGGGUUCAAUGGCUUGAAACGCUAGGGAAAUGCGAAGUAGAUUGGAAGAAGCAGGAGCUAUCGUUUGUUCACCAUGGCAAAAAGGUAACAUUGAUAGGCGACCCUUCUUUACAUUCCCCUAAGCUAUCGUUCAAGACCUUGAGUGCCUUACCCGCUAACACCAAGGGAAGAGAAGCACCUCUGGUGCUUAGUGGUUUGACACUCGUCAGUCUCCAAGUAGUUCCGGGACCCGUUAGCAACCUAUUGGAUCAGUUCAGUGAUGUGUUUGCAGAUCCAAGAGGAUUACCACCCUUCAGAGGUAAGGAGAGGUCAGGAGCACGCUAUCAACUUAGCUCCGGGUUACAAGUAUCUCGGUACGCCCUUAUCGGUAUCCUCAUGCCACAAAGGUUGUUAUGGAAUCGAUGGUAUCUGAAAUGCUUGAAGCAGGGAUCAUUCGUCCAAGCUCCAGCCCUUUCUCAAGUCCAGUUUUAUUGACAAGUGAUGAAGGUUUUUGAGGAGCAGUCGUUAUUGGCAAACAAGAAGAAGUGUGUCUUUGGCUUACCUCAGGUGGAAUAUCUUGGUCACAUCAUUUCACAGGACGGAGUAGCGACUGAUGCGACUAAGACGUCGGCGAUGUUACAAUGGCCUACACUGCAGAAUGUGAAAGAACUACGUGGCUUUUUGGGUCUCACAGGAUAUUACAGGAAGUUUGUGAGGAAUUAUGGAGUUAUUGCGAGACCUUUAACAGAGCUACUCAAGAAAGAUAAGUUUGGAUGGCCUUCUGAGGCACAAGCUGCUUUUCUACAGCUAAAGAAUGCUAUGUCUUCUGCACCAGUUUUAGCGAUGCCAGAUUUUGAGAAGGUUUUUGUGUUAGAGACAAUGCUUCGGGGUUUGGAGUAG